CAAUUUGAGCAGUAUUUCGCAGUCAUUUUGUGGAGAAAUACAAAAAUUUGCAAUAGUUGGUGGAAAAUAAGAAGUGCUAAGACCAUGUUUACCUCAACAUGUGUGACUACUGUAGUCACGGUACUUUUAAUACCUUUUUCUAUUGCCACACAUACAUACAAAAUGUGUGUUCCUGAAACAGCCUUCAGGGCUUGCCAAGAAAUGUCGCAAGUCGUAACCCAGGACGGGGCGACAAUUGAGUGCAUUGAGGGACGGGACAGAAUCGAAUGUUUGGACAAAAUCAUCGAAAGGCAAGCCGAUUUUGCAGCUGUUGAUCCUGAAGAUAUGUAUGUUGCUUAUCACUUACCAAAUCAAGACUUCGAAGUAAUAAAAGAAAUCAGAACCAAAGAUGAGCCACAAGCUGAAUUUCGAUAUGAAGGUGUGGCUGUAAUUCAUAAAAAUCUUGAUAUAGCAAAUAUCACUGGAUUGCGAGGUUUGAAUAGUUGCCACACUGGCAUAGGAAGAAAUGUUGGAUACAAGAUACCUUUAACUAAGCUGAGAAAGUUAGGUUUGAUAGGUCCGCUAAACGAUAAUACAAUUUCUCCACGCGAAAACGAACUAAAAGCAUUUUCCGGACUUUUCAAGCAAUCGUGCAUAGUUGGUCAAUGGUCACCGGAUCCAACAAUCGAUGCUAAGUUAAAAAAGGCAUAUUCAAAUUUAUGCGAACUCUGUGAACAUCCAGAAAAAUGUGAUUAUCCAGAUUUAUACUCAGGAUAUGAUGGUGCCUUGAGGUGCUUAGCUCAUAAUGGUGGACAAGUUGCUUUUACAAAGGUUAUUUACGUCAGGAAAUUCUUUGGGUUGCCAGUUGGAGUAUUACCUGCCACUCAUAGUGUGGAAGAUCAUACAAAAUUCGCUUAUUUGUGUCCCGAUGGGAGCAAAAGAGACAUAGACGGACCAGCUUGUUCCUGGGCGGCCAGGCCCUGGCAAGGAUUCGUUGCGAACGCGGACGUGCACGCUACUGUGCAAGAGCUCAGGAAUAAAUUGAAGGAACUUGAUGCCCUCGGUGACACUGAAGAAUCACCUAAAUGGUUUGCAUCAGUUUUAUUAUUAAAUAACAAAACAUUAGUAGCUGACAAUGAUAUAAUAAGCCCACAAGAAUAUUUGACCAAAGCAAAAUAUGUCGAUGUUAUUGAAAGGGAUGUUGGAACGCCCAGACAAACAAUAAGGUUCUGUGUAACUUCUGAAAUCGCUUUGAAAAAAUGCAGAGAGCUAAGAAAGAGCGCAUAUUCCAGGGAUAUUAGACCAGCCUAUGAUUGCGUACUAGCUGCGACCGAAAGAGAAUGCAUGAAAACGAUCAGUGAAAAUGGAGCUGAUGUAAUCACUUUGCAAGCAGGACUUGCAUUGGAAGGUAAAUCCAAAUUCAACCUGCGCCCAAUUUUGAGUGUCCAAUGGGGUGGCAAAGGAUCAUCAUACCGGGCAGUAGCCGUCGUACGCAAGGAUAGCGCAAUUCAAUCUUUUGCUGACCUUAGAGGAAAGAAAUCAUGCCACGGAGAUUACACUCCAGCUGGUUAUAUCGCUCCUGUACAUGUUCUACUCAAACAAGGAUUAAUAUCAAAGGAAACUUGUCCUAGAGCAAGUGCUUUAAUUGAAUUCUUCGAAGCCAGUUGUUUACCUGGCUCUUUAAAUAGAUCCGAAGGAAAAGAUUUUAGUAAAUUAUGCAGCGCUUGCAAGAAUCCAGACAAAUGUUUGGCCGAUUUUUCAGAGGAAUACUUUGGUCAUAAUGGUGCUUUCCGUUGCUUGGCUGAAGGCCAUGGAGAUGUAGCUUUUGUUCCCCAUGUAACAGUUAAAGCAAACACAGAUGGUAGUGGUCCAAAUUGGGCUCACAAAUUUAAGUCUGAAGAUUAUGAAUUAUUGUGCCCAAACGGCGGUAGAAAAUCAUUGGAACAAUUUGAAGAAUGUCACCUGGUUAAAAUUCCUCUAGAUAUGGUUAUGACGAGCAACACUAAAACCGAAAAUGAGGUGGAUGCAAUCAAGCAUGCUCUAAUUUCGACUGCCGAACUGUACACCGAAAGACCUGAUUUAUUCAAACUUUUUGGUACAUUUAAAGGAAAAGGAAACUUAUUAUUCCCAGAUGAUGCAACAGGCUUGGAAGCGCUGGAAGAUUCCAAAACAUCUUACACAGAAUAUCAAAAUAUUGUUAAAGAAAUUAUGUGUUCAUAAAGAAAUUUCAUACUUAAUUGUCAUGUCAUUUAUGAAAUUAUUCAAAUCACAAAUUGAUUCGAAUUUGUAUGUAAGUUUGUGUUAUGUUUAUUUAUCGUGACGGCCAUUGAUAAAUAACGGCCAUCUUUCUUG